AUGAAUUGUCGUCUGGAGGGAAACUGUGUAAAAGCUUUUGGAAAGGCAGUUCAUGCCUUGUCCCGGCUCGGAGAUGAACUGUGGUUGGAUCCAAACGUCAAAGGGCUGGCGCUGAGAUCUGUGAACUCUGCUCAUUCUGCGUACGCCUGCUUCCUCUUCUCUCCCCUGUUCUUCAAGAACUACAACCUGCGACCCGCGACAGAGCAUGGCGCUGAAACAGUCAAAUGCAAACUGGCUAUGAAGUGUGUUCUUCCUCUUUUCCGGUGUUUAAAUUCCAUCGAGCGUAAUGUGGAACAAUGUCAGAUAUCAAUCGGCUCGCCCGAUGACCAGGUGAUGAUCCAGUUCUUCUGCAGGCAUGGCAUCACUAAAACCCACAACCUACGUUUCCAGGAGAGUGAGGCUCUGCAGGCUGUGUUUGCCUCACACCUCUGUCCUAAUGUGCUGAAAGCUCCUGCCAGGCUGUUUGGUGAUAUGGUGAUGCAUUUUCCAUCGUCGCAGGAGGAAGUCAUUCUGUCCAUGACUCCUCUGAGAGUCGGUCUGAAAAACUACUGUGAUGCUGUAAACGAUCACAUGAAGAUGAUGUACACGGAGAUGUCCUUACACCCCGACGAGUUCGACUACUUUCACGUUGGCAUGGACUCAGAUAUAACCUUCUGUCUGAAGGAGCUGAGGGGUCUGUUGUCCUUUGCAGAGUCACACUGUCUUCCAGUGUCGGUCUACUGCGGUGCCACUGGAAAGCCUGUUUGCUUCUCUGUGGAGGAUAUGGUCCUAGAGGCCACUGUGGUGCUGGCCACUCUUUAUGACCCCGAAAGCAAGGACCCCUCUCAGUCCUCGACCCUGACCGAUGCUACACAAAGGUGUGCAGAAGCUGCUGUUCUACCUAUGGGUUCAUGUGAGGCGAACAUCAGGGAGCCUGAGGACAUUCCAGCUGUGACAGAGCUGAUAGCAUCCAGCCAGGGCAGCCCGAUGAACGUCCCACCUGCUCUGAUGCUGCCGCUGCUUCACACCGCUGGCAUAUGUGUGCCUGAGGAUCACUGCAGCAGCGCCAACUCGUCUCCUGCCUCCUCCACGAUCUGCUCCCUCCUGUUCAGGGCCGUGUCCUCGGAGCAGGACAACCACGACAGCGCUGCCAGACCGCCUGUUCUGGCGUUCUACAGUGAUGAGGAGCAGAACAUGGAGGAGGACACAGACAGCCCUUCACUCUGAGAGCUCACAGCUCAUUCUUCUGUGUCUUUAGAACCUGUUCAGCUCAUAUUGAAGGAUGCAAUGUGUUGUGAUGCAGCUGCAGCAUUCACAUGUGGUUGGAUAGGUAGGAUCAAACUUUUCUAUUAACUUAACAUGUUUAAGACUGUUGUUUGUAGCGAACUUGUUUUAUUUAAAUCGUCUUCAGAUUGUAGAGUUUGACAGCAAGCUGUAAAAUUCUGUGUUUUUAUAAUUAAUAUUUAUGAACUCUCAGUAAAAGUGUGUGAUUGGUUUGUCAUUGCACA